GUAGCCAAUCAGACGCUCCACACAGACAGCCCAGACCUGCCGGAGUGUUUCCAGCUGUCAGUGCUGUCAUGGCUGCCUUGUGUGUACCUGUGGCUUGCUUGCCCUCCAUACCUCUUCUACCUCCAGAGGAACAACAAGGGUUACAUCAUGAUGUCCAUCCUCAACAGAGUCAAAACGGUGAGGGACCACACCACGCACUGGACUGCUGUAGGUGGACAUGCAUACACUGUCUGUCCGGUUGUCUUUCUCUCCAUCUCUCUGUCUCCAUCUCUCUGUCUUUCUCUCUCGAUGCAAUACUGUCUGUUGCCUGAGGCCCUUAUUAGAUGAGUUAGUUGAUGCACGAUAGGGGAAUAGUGGAAAUAUUUAUCAGACAGGCUAAUGACCAGUACUGGGAAACGUACCAGACUCCUGCUCAGUUUUGGGUCUAUUUCUCUCUCUCUUUCUCCCCCCUCCCCUUUCCUCCUCUAGGUCUUUGGGUUGGCGUUGUGGAUCGUGUGUUGGACAGAUCUUUUCGGCACCUUCCAUGAGCUGCAGCAGGGGGACACACAGCCACCCAUCUACUUCGUCACUCCACUGGUGGUCGGCAUGACGAUGGUACUUGUACACAACAAACAGGGAUGUGGCGUUGUAAACAUACAGUACAGUCAUACAGUACACCGUUCAACUCACUUCCUGAAAAAUACCUUAUAUACCUUGUUGCUUAGUGACCAGUAUUUUGAAUCCAUAACUUGUCAUAGUCAAUCAAUCAUGUAUGUAUUGUUGCAACCUGGACUCAGGGGUAGACGGAACAUAGUAAACGUAAAUCUGGAACACUCAAAUUAGUAUAAUAUGUUGUUUGGUUUGGUAUGGUAUGGUAUGUAUUCAUUUGUGGAUGUCCAUCAUCCAUUUCGUAUGAUAUGUUACGAUUUACAAUUUAAGUUUCAAGUUUUAUUAGUCGUACGGGAUAUGCAUGGUAUACAUUGUCCAAUGAAAUGCUUACUUGCAGGUUCCUUCCCGACAAUGCAACAACCAUAAGAAAUUGAAAAAAAUAAGAAUACGAACAUGAAGUAAAUGGCAGUAGAAUAGAAUAACAAUUUUAGUAUAAGUAUAAUACAGGAAGGCACAAUUUAUAGUACAAUAUUUACAUGUGUUUUGGGGAAGGGGGGGAUGGGGAGCAAGUGUUUAAACUGAGCAGUAUAAUAAGAGUCUGGUAGCAGCAGUUGUGAUGUGUGCUAAGGUGCGGAGAUUCAGAGCAGGUGGUCAGUCCAGUUCAAGUGUUCAGCAGUCUGAUGGCUUAUAGAUAGAAACAGUCUCUGAGCCUUUUGGUAUCAGACCUCAUGGUCUGAUGCCGUCUGCCCGAUGCUAAGGGAGAGAACAGCUCGUGGCUGGGGUGUGUGGGGUCCUUGAUGAUGCUGCGUGCCUUCCUCAGGCACCAUUUUGAGUAGAUGUCCUGGAUGGGUGGAAGCACGAUUUCAAUUCGUAUGACAUGUUACGAAUUGCAAUUCGUACAAUAUGUUGCGAAUUUGCAAUACUUAUAUGUUACGAAUUCUAAUUUGUUGUGGCUAGCAUUAGCUAGGUUGCUAGGUGGCUAACGUUAGCUAGUUGGCUAACGUUAGCUAAGUUAGGUUUAGGAGUUGUUAAAGGGUUAGGGUUAAGGGGAAGCAAAAAAAUGCUUAGUAGUUGUAAAGUAGCUAAAAAGUAGUAAGUAGUUGCAAAGUUGCUAAAAUACUAAAGUUGUCCGUGAUGAGAUUCAAACACGCAACCUUUGGGUUGCUAGACAUUGGUGUUAUACGCUCAUCCAUCCAUAACGACCAACCACCCUCCUUUCGUUUUUUCCUUAAGUAACCUUCCCUUUUAUGUAACCAUAUCAAAGGUAACAUAUCAUACUAAUUUGAGUGUCCCGGACUUUCGUUUACUAUGUUACGUCUAGUCUGGGAGACCAGCUUGAUUGUUGUUGUAGAUGAUUAGAUUGUCAUUGUAUUCCAGUAGCCUUUACAGUAUGUUGUGCUCUCUAAGGUGUAGAAUAAGCCUAGUGAACGUGCUGUUAUUCACAGGCAUCGUUGUGGAGCAGUUGCUAUGCUGGUUCACAAGUUGUUGUUUUUAUAUCUCACAUUUCUCUCUCUCUCUCUCUCUCUCUCCUCUCUCUCUCUCUCUCUCUCUCUCUCUCUCUCUCUCUCUCUCCUCUCUCUCUCUCUCUCCUCUCUCUCUCUCUCUCUCUCUCUCUCUCUCUCUCUCUCUCUCUCUCUCUCUCUCUCAUGCCCUAUGCAUGAGUGAGCGAAGGAGAGAGCAGAGCUGAGAUGCAUGUUCAUCUUACAUGCCCUGUGUGUUUCUGUGCUUAUCUAAAUCGUGUUAUUUCAACGCCUCACUCCCUCACUCUCCCUUUCUCCCUCCUCUCUCUCUCAGUUGCUAGCUACGUUUCUGAUACAGUUUGAGAGGUUGAGAGGGGUCCAGUCUUCAGGAAUUCUCUUUAUAUUCUGGUUCCUGUCAGUGCUGUGUGCCAUAGUGCCUUUCCGCUCCAAGAUCCUACAGGCCAAAUAUCAGGUAAGAUCAGGGUUUCCCCUAACGUGUACUGAAUAGGAAGUGAAGGAGAUGUUUAAAAUGUAUAGUCUGCAUCAUCUCCCUCCAGCUCUCUCCUUCCUCUUUUCCCUCUCUCAAAACAUGUUUAUCGCCCCCCUCUUCCUCCUUCCCUCCCUCUCCCCAUCCCCCUUCCUUCCCUGGCUAAAGAACUUAUGGUUGGUUUUUUUUGGGGGGUUACGCAGGGAGAGGGAGGGAGGGAGGGAGGGAGGGAGGGAGAGGGAGAGGAGGGGGAGAGGGGAGAGAGAGAGAGAGAGAGCUCUCUCGAGAGAGGCGAGAGAGAGAGGGAAGAUAGGCGAGAGAGUGGAGAAGAGAGAGAGGAGCGAUAGCUACGAUCAUCGAAGGAGCGACGGAUGAGAGAGAGAGAUAGGGAGAGAGAGAGAGGAGAGAGGGAUCCACAAAGAAUUGGAAAACAAACCCAAUUUUGAUAAACUCCCUUAUCUACUGGGUGAAAAACCACAGUGUGCCAUCACAGCUGCAAGAUUUGUGACCUGUUGCCACAAGAAAAGGGCAACCAGUGAAGAACAAACACCAUUGUAAAUACAACCCCUAUUUAUGUUUAUUUAUUUUCCCAUUUGUACUUUAACUAUUUGCACAUUGUUACAACACUGUAUAUAUACAUUAUAUGACAUUUGAAAUGUCUUUAUUAUUUUGAAACUUCUGAGUGUAAUGUUUACUGUUAAUAUUUAUUGUUUAUUUCACUUUUGUUUACUAUCUACUUCACUUGCUUUGGCAAUGUUAACAUACGUUUCCCAUGCCAAUAAAGCCCUUGAAUUGAAUUGAAUUGAGAGAGUGUGAGAGAGAGAAAGAGAGAGAGCGAGAGAGAGAUCGAUCUGUUGUCCUAGCGACCUGCAGGGCCUUAGCCGUCUUAUCUAACCUAACCUACUGAGGGCUGUCUAAUACUCUAACAUAAUCUAAUGCCCUAACAGUGGGGUCAAACCAGGCCAAUAUCAGUCCUGUGCUCUCGCUCUGGCUAUUUAUAAUCCCAUUGAUCCUACCAAAUAGCCCCUAGUUGUGUUUAUAUAUUUCAUUUGACUGAAUGGCUUAUGGUCAGGGAGACAAAGGAAUGAUUUUGGAUGACUUAGUAGUUUUUAGCUCAGCAGGGUUUGGGGGGACUGAUCAUAGAUAUCUAAGAGAGCAUUUUAGGAGACUAAGACAGUUAGUGUAUUGUCUGUCAGCUUCCUUAAGAAAUGGCUUUCAUAACAAAAUGUCCUCCAACGGGUCAAUAAAGUCUUUCUGCGUUCUUGUGUUUCAGAGUGAGAUUUCAGACAAGCUGCGUUUCACCACAUUUUAUUUCUACUUCAGUCUGAUCGUUGCCGAGCUUAUCUUCUCUUGCUUCAAUGAGAAACCCCCACUUUUCUCCAACAUAGACACAGACCCCGUGAGUCAACACACACACACACACACACACACAUACACACACAGACACACACACAGUGGCCUCUUCUUACUCUGCCAUUUUCUCCUCAGAAUCCUUGUCCUCAAUCGACUGCUGGUUUCCUCUCCACUAUGACCUUUUGGUGGUUCACUAGGUAACACGAUUUCCCCCAUACAACACAUACUGUACAAAAAUUAUGUCUUGGUGUUGUCAUUGUGUCUAUCCUAUACAUUUGUAUGGCUUGUUUCUACUUCAUGUUCAAGUAUUUUAUUCCCACAAGCAAUCAGUAGAUUUGAUCAAUAAUCAAUGGAACUGCAAACAAGUCUUCUCUCUGUGCCCUGGUUUCCUGGACACUGAUAAAGCCAUUUCCAGGAACCUGCUCUUCAUGAAGUUCCACUAAUGUGUUGUGUCCCUCUCUGUCCCAGCAUGGCCAUCAAGGGCUAUAAGAACCCUCUGGAAGCCAAAGACCUGUGGUCACUAAACAAGGGGGACAGUUCAGAGGUGGUCGUCCCCAAGCUACUGCGGGAGUGGGAGGUGGAGCAGGCCAAGGCUCACAGGUAGGGAGGGAUGGAGAUAGAGGGAGGGUGGGAGGUAGUAUAGGAAACUGAAAAAGUAUUAUUAUACUGAACAAAAAUAUAAACAUGCAACAAUUUCAAAGUUACAGUUCAUAUAAGGAAAUCAGUCAAUUUAAAUAAAUAAAUUAAGCCCUAAUCUAUGGAUUUCACAGGACUGGGAAUAUAGAUAUGCAUCUGUUGGUCACAGACACCUUUUAAAAAAGGUAGGGGCGUGGAUCAGAAAACCAGUCAGUAUCUUGUGUGACCACAAUUUGCCUCAUGCAGCGCAACACAUCUCCUUCACAUAGAGUUGAUCAGGCUGUUGAUGGUGACCUGUGGAAUGUUGUCCCACUCCUCUUCAGUGGCUCUGCGAAGCUGAUGGAUAUUGGCGGAACUGGAACACGCUGUCGUACACGUUCGAUCCAGAGCAUCCCAAACAGGCUCAACGGGUGACAUAUCUGGUGAGAAUGCAGGCCAUGGAAGAACUGGGACAUUUUCAAAUUCCAGGAAUUGUGUACAGAUCCUUGCAACAUGGGUCCGUGCAUUAUCAUGAUGAAUGGCACGACAAUGGGCCUCAGGAUCUAGUCACGGGAUCUCUGUGCAUUCAAAUUGCCAUCGAUAAAAUGCAGUUGUUUUCGUUGUCCGUAGCUUAUGCCUGCCCAUACCAUAACCCCACCGCCACCAAGGGGCACUCUGUUCACAACAUUGACAUCAGCAAACCGCUUGCCCACACAAUGCCAUCUGCCCGGUACAGUUAAAAACCGGGAUUCAUACGUGAAGAGCACACUUCUCCAGCAUGCCAGUGGCAUUUGAGAGAAAUAAGCUUUUUGUGUGUAUGGAACAUUUCUGGGAUCUUUUAUUUCAGCUCAUUAACAUGGGACCAACACUUUACAUGUUGCAUUUAUAUUCUUGUUCAGUGUAUAUUUCUAAGAAAUUUAGAGUUGAGACCAGCAUCCAAAUUUCCUCAAUCUUUCCUGCAAUGGACACAUUCUAUUUGGUGAUUCUUAUCUCAAAGGCUUCCAAUAAUUUCACUACUUCUUAGUAAAAACAUAACAAUACAAUGUUUUGUUAUACACAGUUUGAAAAUCAGUACCCUUAUUUCCUUAUUUUACUUGUUACAACAACAUUGACCCAGUAGUACGAAUGUGUAGAGAAGGGUUUCUCAUGCUCUUGUUUAAGAUUACACAGCCAAAUGACACAGCCUAAGUCAACAGUAGUUUGCCCUUUCACAUCUUUCCCAGAACUGUGGAGAGCUGAGGGAGGAAGUUGUCUUCAUAGGCUUGGCUUGAGUGUGCAUGCUUGUGUUUGUGCAUGUGCACGUGUGUGAGAAAGAUAAAGUGUUUUUCAUGUGGCGCCAGCCAGUAUCUCUCAUAUCUGUUCAAACACAUGUUAGGAUAGAAACCACUGGAUUGUGCAGCACCUAAUAUAAAUAAAAUAAAUGAAUAAUUAGUCAUUUAGCAGACGCUCUUAUCCAGAGCGACUUACAGGAGCAAAUUAGGGUUAAGUGCCUUGCUCAAGGGCACCGACAGAUUUUUCACCUAAUCGGCUCGGGGAUUAGAACCAGCGACCUUUCGGUUACUGGCACAACGCUCUUACCCACUAAGCUACCAGCCGCCCUCAUAUGUUGAGUCAGUGUAAAUCAAACAUGCUACUAUCAAAGAUAGAAAUCGCACCACAGAUCAGUAAGAUCAGUUAGAGAGAAAUCGUAACAAAACACACAGAUGGAACAUUGGUACGUUGUUUACAUCAUACAGAGCAUUCCAACAGGCUGCUGCAGUGAAUGAAGAAGACUGGAAUGUGACUGGAAAGCAGCGGAGUGAAAAUCUGUCUGUUAUUGCCUGGCUGGUAGCCAGAUUAAGCCUGCUUUCUGCUCUGAAUAGAAAGUACCUGCUUUUUCUCUGAUAAAAGACAACCAUUUUUUACAAUUAAUCCCAAUCCUACGAUAUGAAUAAUUGAUUGGAUUUAUAUAAAGUUUCUCUUUUGAAAAUGUCUUGUCUUCCACUUUAUCUUAUCAAAGCAGGUGGCUACCACAAAAACCUUUAACUAGAAAGCUUUCUGCUUAAACUUGUCAAACAAGCUUUCAAGAGCAAAAAACAAUUAGCUGAAACUGCUUUCUGCUUCAGCUUAUUAAGCUGGACAUAUGUCUACCAGACUACAUAGCCAUGAGCCCCAUAGUACGUUGUGCUUUUGUUGUUUCUUACCUGCACUGACUUUGCAGAGAGCUGCUUUAUUGAGGAAAGUUUAAGUUUCAAAAACUGAGAUGUGGUUGUUGUACCUAGCUACCUUAAGAUGAAUGCACUAACUGUAAGAGCGUCUGGGAAAUGACAAAAAAGUCAAUAUAACUCUUGUCCAAACACACUUGACACCAGCUUGGGAGUGUCUGCUGAAUGCUGAACUCUAACCUCCAUCAUUGUUCCAAACAUUCUCUCUGGCUCUCGCUCGCUCUCGUGCUCUCUCUCUCUCUCUUUCACUAAUCUUCAGUUUCUCUGCCAAGUUCUGUCUGGUUUUCCUUCAGUAAACAGAAGAACCAGUAAAGUGAUAUGAAAGAGAGACCUAAGCCUGUAAUUGCUCAAACCUGUUUGGAGGUGUGAGGGAGGGUUGUGUUUCAUUGACUGUUGGAAUCCAACCCCUCCACAUUCAGAUUGUGUGAGAAAAUAAUGCGUAAAUAUACAGUAUAUCUGCUAACUUCAUGUUCAAGGGUAGAAGCUGAUUUUGAUGAAUGCUUCUUCUACUUGGAACCUAUUUCCACCCCUUCUCUCCACAGUGCUAAGGACCAGUCCACCCAGGCUCUGUACUCCAAGCCUCCGCCAGUGGGAGAGUCCAACCACGUAGGGGGGGAGAGCAGUCCUGAGGAGGUGGAGGUGUUGCUGUCCAAACAGAAAGACCCCAAGAAGCCCUCCUUCCUCCGCUCCCUCAUCAAGGCCUUUGGACCCUACUUCCUCAUCGGAUCUGCCUUUAAACUCCUACAGGACCUCAUCACCUUUGUUAACCCACAGCUCCUCAAGUAAAUGGAGCACUGCGCAGCAUUAUAAACCCUUAUGAAGCGUAUAUGUCAAAUGCAGAUGAACAUGCUGAAUGUGGUCUGAAUAAAGAUAAAGAUCUGAAUACAGAGAUAUAUUUUAGAAUUUGAGAAUUUGUUUCCUUGUAGCUUUACAAGGUGACAGGACAACAUUGUUCUUGUUUGUGGUGUGUCAGUUUGCUCUGAGAUGUUUGUGCUUUUUUGUCUUUGAGCAGCUAUCAAAGCCUUUUUUAACUAGUGUUAAAAUACAGUAUUUUAAAAGGAAAGGAAAAGCUGCACUCUCGAUAAGAGCGUCUGCUAAAUGACUCAAAUGUAAGAGCUUACCCUAGAGCUUGCUCUUUCGGAUCACAUAUUAUCUGUAUAUAUUGAGUAUGUUAUAAUAAUAAUAAUAAUAAUAAUAUGCCAUUUAGCAGACGCUUUUAUCCAAAGCUACUUACAGUCAUGUGUGCAUACAUUUUUACGUAUGGGUGGUCCCACUACCCUGGCGUUACAUGCGCCAUGCUCUACCAAUUGAGCUGCAAGACAUUUUCUUGACAGGAAUAAUAAACUUCCACUUCUUUCCCUUUGCUCUCCCUGCCCCCUGCCCCCUGCCCCCUGCCCCCUGCCCCUGCCCCAUCACUCUCUCUCCAUCUCUCCUUUUCUUUUCCUAUCUUUUUCUCUCCUCCUGUCCCGCCCCCCCCCUCUUCCUCUCUCCUCCCUCCAGGUUAUUGAUCGUGUUCACAAAGCAGAAGGGAGCUCCCACCUGGUGGGGUUAUGCCCUGGCCUUCCUCAUGUUCUUCACCGCCUUCCUCCAGACUCUCAUCCUGCACCAACACUUCCAGUACUGCUUCGUCACUGGCAUGAGGCUUCGUACCUCCAUCAUAGGAGCCAUCUACAGGAAGGUACACAAGCCGAAGCAUGCACACACACACACACACACACACACACACACAUGAAAAUACUGAGUCUUUCUGUCUUUCUCUUCUGUCCUUUCUUUCUCUCCCUAGUCUCUGAUCAUCACUAACGCGGCCAAGCGUACAUCUACAGUGGGAGAGAUAGUCAACCUGAUGUCAGUCGACGCUCAGCGCUUCAUGGAUCUCACCACCUUUCUCAACAUGCUGUGGUCCGCCCCACUUCAGAUCAUACUGGCACUAUACUUCCUGUGGCAGGUGGGUUCUUACCAUGGAGGUGGGUUUAUUAUUCCACCAUAGCAAAAGUAGUGCACUGUAUGGGGAAUAUAUCUAAUGAGAUGAGAUCCAGAAUGAUUGUGCCUUGAGCGUAUUCAUUAGUGGGAUUCCGUUUACAACAGAAAAUGUUUGGCAACGGAAACCGUCUACUCCAAACGGAAAACAUUUAGCAACGGAAACAAGAGUUUCUAGGUCCCUCCCUGUUUCGUUUCAUUCCUUUUGCUCCCGUUUGGUUCCUAGAGUCAGCGGUAAACGUUUUUCCGAUGCAAAACAUUUUGCAACAGACUAAACGUUUUGCAACUUAAUCCAACUAAUGAUUACACCCCUGCUCUCUGUGUUGAUUAGUCAUACGUGGUCUGUCUGGGGUCCAUCUCUGUUGUGUUGAUUGAUCAUGCCUUGUUUUUGUUUUGAUUGCUAAUACCUUGUCUGUCUAUUCUAGAACCUUGGUCAGUGUCUGUGUUGAUUGGUCAUGCCUUAUCUCUGUAUUGUAGAACCUGGGUCCGUCAGUGCUGGCUGGUGUUGCUGUGAUGAUCCUGCUGAUCCCCUUAAAUGCUGCCAUCGCUGUGAAGACACGAGCCUACCAGGUAUACACACCUCCCUCUGCUAUUCUAUGAGGGCUUAUUGUUGGUGACAUGGAGUUGAAGUAGUGGUGAUGGUGAUGAUCACGAUGAGAAGGAUGGUGUUGAUGAUGAUUGAACGAACAGCUUCUUAUCCAAGUGUGUCAAAGUAGAAAUGUGUGCAACUGUUUACCACAUAAAUGCUCAUGAUCAAACUCCAAAGCAAUGUAAAGAUCUCCUGUGAGUUUGUACUAUAGUGAGCAUGCUGCUCUUUAAACAAGUUGGCUUGUGGGUGGAAAGAUGAGUGAAGUGUUCUGUACCUUUUUUGCGCCUCUGUGCUUCAAAAACUCUGUUUGUGGUGUGUCAGUUUGCUUGGAGAUGUUUGUGCUUUUUUUGUCUUUGAGCAGCUAUCUCUAAGCCUCUUUUAACGAGUGUUAAAAUACAGUAUUUUAAAAGAAAAGGAAACGCUGCACACUAGUUGCUCCGAUGCAAUCAUUUAUUUACCAACGUUUCGACAGCCAAGUGGUCUUCAUCUCUAAAGUAGCAUUGUUUUGACAUAUCCUCUGUCUGUCUCCUCCCCUCCCUCUCUCCACCCCUCUCCUUUUGUCUCUAAGGUGGAGCAGAUGCAGUACAAGGACGCUCGCAUCAAACUGAUGAACGAGAUUCUGAACGGGAUCAAAGUGUUGAAGUUGUACGCAUGGGAGAACUCCUUUAAAGACAAGGUUCUGGAGAUCAGACAGAAAGAGCUCAAUAUGCUCCGCAAGACGGCCUACCUCAGUGCCGUGUCUACCAUGGCAUGGACCAGUGCACCAUUCCUAGUACGGGACACACUAUGGCACGCACACACACACACACCUAUAUUAUCCUUGUUUUACGCGCUAUAUCACUUUGAAGGAAGGUUAACGCUUUGAUGUAUUUCUUUGUAAGACUAUUAGCUAGGUAUUUUAGAUGGAGAUAGUGCAACUGAAAGCUGCAGAUCAAUGAACUGUCCAGACGAUCUAUUUCCAUGCUUUUUUUUUUUAUGUCUCCUCAGGUUGCCUUGACAACGUUUGCAGUAUAUGUGACUGUGGAUAAAAAUAACAUUUUAGACGCGGAGAAAGCCUUUGUAUCUUUGUCUCUGUUCAACAUCUUACGAUUCCCUCUCAAUAUGUUGCCCCAAGUCAUCAGCAGUAUCGUGCAGGUAGGCUCUUCUCCUCCUCUAUCAUUCUCUUACUCCUUCUUUUCUCUCCUUGUAUCACUCCUCGCAAUAUUUUCUCUUUCUCCUACUUCUCUCAUUCCUCUUUCUCUCACUCCUCCUCUUAUACCUUCUCUCAUUCCUCCUGUGGAUGUUGUGCAUGCUUUUGCGUUGUGUGUGUGUGUGUGCAUGUGUUGACUCUGUUGCUACUCCAAGGCCAGCGUGUCCCUGAAGCGUAUCCAGGAUUUCCUGAGUCAUGAUGAGCUGGACCCAGAGUCUGUGGACCGGAAUAACACUGCCACAGGUAAACAUUGAACCAGCUGAAGAAGGAACCACCCUGAACUUGGCUGGGCUGGUUCCAUUUCACCCCCUAGGCCCUUCCGUUACCCCUUAGGUUUUCACUGACAUGAAGGGAUGGUAUAGAAGAAGGCUAAUGGGAUGGGGCCUCUGAGGCAUUCUAAUGGUCUAUGUUUCUGCCAAAGAGAUCCUAUUAAAUUACUAUUCUAAUUCCUAAUUCUAUGGUUACUGCUGAGUCAUCCUUACAUGGGCCGUUACCAUGGCGCCACUGCCUGCCAUUAUUGUAGGCGGUUGGGUUUUCAAUAAGGAACUAUGAGGGAUUUUGUAAUCCAUUUCAGUUUUGCAUCGUUAUUACUCUUGGCUUUUGUAAUAUUAACAUUUUAGACUGUAAAUUGAGGUGACUUAAGGGAUUUAGAUGGCUGGAUUCCACAGUCAUCGCUUUUCCUUUUGUAACUCCCUCUGUUUUUGGCUCUGAGCCAGUUUGUGUCGCUGAGUGAUUUUGACUUACCAGUUUGGUAAUGCUGUGUCAUGGUUCCUGUUUUUGUAAGUGCACUGCAUUCUCCCCUUCAGAUAGCUCAGUGACUGUUGUCAAUGGGACGUUCACCUGGGCAAAACAAGAUCAUCCUGCUCUACACAAGUAAGUUGGCAAGUUGCAUCAUGCAAAGGACAAUAACUAUUCAAGGGAAAGAAUGCACUGACUGUAUGUGUGUGUGUGUGUGUGUGUGUCCCAGUAUAAACCUGAUGGUGCCCCAGGGCUCACUGCUAGCUGUGGUAGGACAUGUAGGCUGUGGAAAGUCUUCUCUGGUGUCAGCUCUACUGGGAGAGAUGGAGAAAAUGGAGGGAGACAUCUCCAUACGGGUAUUUCCACUGAAUUCAAUUAUGCUAACUGAAGGUUGAUUGAUUGAUUGAUUAGUGGGUCAUUUGCUUGAUUGAGUAAUUGAUUAGUGGGUCGAUUGCUUUAUUGAUUGAUUGUUUGGGUCUAGUUGUAGUUUUCAGCUGUACUGAGUUCUCUCCCUCCUUCUCUCGUUUCAGGGUUCGGUGGCCUACGUCCCCCAGCAAGCCUGGAUCCAGAAUGCCACUCUGAGAGACAACAUCCUAUUUGGCAAAGCCUACAACGAGCAGAAGUACCACUGUUGUCUGGAGGCCUGCGCCUUGACCCCGGACCUGGAAGUACUACCUGGAGGAGACCUGACCGAGAUCGGAGAGAAGGUAGGGAGAUGGAAUAGAAUCUAACCUGGGUUGUUUUUUGAGGCUAACGGUCAUGUUAGCCCACAACUAAAGGUAUCAGCUCUAGGAGCUAAGAUGAGUCUUCGAGUCUCAAACAAAGCAACUUCUUUUGAGAUCAGUGAUUUGCUUGUGUCUGUAGAAUGCUUCCAUUGAUCUCUCUCCCCCCUCUCUCUCUCUCUCUCUCUCCCCUCCCCCACCCCCUCCCCCUCUCUGUCCCCAUUCUCUCUCUCUCAGGGUAUCAACCUAUCGGGUGGUCAGAGACAGAGGGUGAGUCUGGCCAGAGCUCUGUACAACGAGGCCGAUGUCUACUUGCUGGACGACCCUCUCUCUGCCGUGGACGCCCACGUGGCCAAACACAUCUUCGACCACGUCAUUGGCCCAGAGGGGGCACUGCAGGGCAAGGUGAGGAGAGUAGUCACUCUGCUCUGUUCUCCAUACACUACAGAAGAAGAGAGACACAUUCUGAGUGAUAGCAGAGAGAAAUACACUAAGAAUAAGUGAACUAACAUGACAGUAAGGGAUGGGGGAAAAAGUCGAGAGCCGCACUGCUUCUUGACACAAUGCCCGCUUAACCCAGAAGCAGUUAUUUUAGAACAUCGAAUUGCAAUAAAAUCGCAGUAUCUAUUUGCAAUACAUAUAGAAUAGUGAAACGUAUAGAAUCACAAUACAUAUCGGCACCUAAGUAUCGUGAUAAUAAAGUAUUGUGAGAUCCCUGGCAAUUCCCAGCCUUCAUGACAGAUCCUCUUUUCGUUUCCCUCAAGACACGUAUCCUGGUGACGCACGGCAUCAGCUUCCUGCCGCAGGUGGAUAACAUAGUGGUGAUGGUGGAGGGCAGGGUGUCAGAGAUGGGCUCGUACCAGGAGCUGCUCAAACAGAACGGAGCAUUCGCUGAGUUCCUCAGGAACUAUUCCCUGGAGGACAUCAUCGAGGAGGACGAGGCAACAGGUAGAACUACCUGCUAGUAUAGCACAGGGGUAUUUAAAUCUUACCCUACGAGGUCCGUAGCACUGCUGGUUUUCUGUUCCACUUCCUGCUAAUUAAUUGCACCCACUUGGUGUCCCUUACAGAAAAACCACAUACACCCCCCCCCCCCCCCCCCCCCCCAGUGUUCUGUAAGGGGUCCCAGGUUUAAAUUGGUCCCUGAUUAGAGGGGAAGAAUGAACAAAAGCAGUGGAACUGGCUUCGAGGUCCAGAUUUGAAUUUGAGGGCUAAAGCAGAAGGGCAGAUACUAUUGAUGUUAAUGCCCUUGGGGUUCCACUAAUCCCCCUACACCAGUGCCUGCCAACAUGUGUCCUUGAAGGCUACUGGGUGUGCAAGCUACUGGCUGAUUAGCUGAUUCAGGUUUGUUAGAGUAGGGUUGGAACAAAACCCUACAUACCCAGUAUGCCCUACAUCUCUAGGAGUGUGUACACCUGCUCCAUAAUUACCACGGUAACACUGUGACUCAACACCCACAGAGGCUUUGAUUGACGAAGAAGAAGACUUCCCUGACGACGCCCUUAGCAACCAUACAGACAUGGUGGACAAUGAACCAGUGGUCAAUGAGGCAAAGAGACAGUUCAUAAGGUACUUAUAAGUCUCUGUAACAGUUCAUAAGGCAGUCCCUCCAGGAUACUUAUGUGUUUUUUUGUGAUAGUUGCGGGCCAAAAUGCUUGAUUUUGUUGCGGCAAUUCGGACAUUUUGCAUGCCAAUUUGCGAUGUUUUUAUAAAAUGUGUCAGUAGGGUCAUUUAAAAUACCCAAAUGCGGGUCAACGGGGGCACCUCCCCCGGGCAAAAAUCCCCCUCCCGCUGCACCAAGCGAGUGAAUUGAAGCACACCUCGUUUGCCUCGCGCAUAAUGUGGUGAUGCAGAAACGAUAGACCACGUGUGGUUGUUAUGAAAAUCGGGGAAUAUUUGGCCAAGGAAAGGUUUCUGGUUGGUCUCAGGGAAUGUACAACAAUUAGGAAGGGAGACUUUUAAAAUGGGAUUGAGUGAAGUAGCAGCAAAUAUGUUGAAUGAGCAACUAAUGAGCAUGGAGAGCCUCACAAGUUAACUUAUAUCUUUCUGUCUAAUACAGCUAUUUACUUAUUUUGUAGCUCUUUGUUAGAAGCACACUUUUUGUAAGUUGUUAUAACUGUCCUCUCCAAGUUCAGCUGGAAUUUAGCCUGAAAAGAUUUGACAAAUGUGAUUGGUUGACAAUAUGACAUUGGCGUCUCGUCUUGCACUGCGCAGAAUAUCAGAUCUCAACACAGAUUGGAGUGUGUUUAACAUCACCACCACCACAUCCUUAUGGUAUAUAUCUUGUCAUAAGCACAAUGUGACUGCAAAAGUGAGAGGUUGGAAUGUCAAUUCUCAUCAAAUGAAUGGGAAGUCUGAAUAAAAUAAAGGCCAAAUCAACCUUUUUUUGUAAAUUAGUGGUGUUUUAAUUUGUUGAUAAAAUGCAGAACAUGAUUGUUUGGUUGCGGUACAAAGGGCCAAAAUGCAGUACUGUCCCGCACAAUCCGGGACAUGUGGUCACCCAAGCUGACAGGGGAAAAGUUUGUUAAAGUGUUGUUUGAUUGAACCAUUUUAUUUGGUAAAAAUGCAGUGUUUGUUUAAAAUUGCAAGCCCUCGCUUAAUAUGAAGGGAUUGUUGAUUUUGCAAAAGAUUCUGCGAUCUCAGAGUCGCAAAAUUCUGAAGGGACUAAGGUAUGUUUUACCCCCUCUUUAAUAGAUAAAUGCCAUAUUUUAUGGGGCUUUGGACUAAUGUAUUUUUGAAAAGUAUGAUAUACACAACGAUUGAUUGACCGAUCAAUCACUUCCUCCCUCCCUGCAGGCAGAUCAGCAUCAUCUCAGGGGACCUGGAGAACCCGAAGAGCAGGUCUGUCCGGAAGCGUCUGUGCAGCGAGAGGAAGCAUGCUGAGUCUGACCCAGAGAAGAAACUACCGAAGGUGGAGAAACUCAUCCAGGCAGAGACCGCUGAGACAGGCAGGGUGAGUAGAGCUAUUGGGAUACAUAGUUUAGUAAAUUUGAUUGAAGAUGUAGACUUCUACUCUCUCCUACCCCCAGGUGAAGUUGUUCUGGGUGUAUUCCGAGACAGUACGGUCUCUGACGUCUAACCUCUUACUCCUGACCUUUAACCUCUGUCUCCUCCCUCUCUUCAGGUGAAGAUUAAGGGGUUCUGGGAGUAUUCCAAAGCUGUAGAGACUCUGAUCUCUAACCCCUGACCUCUAACCUCCCUCUCCUCCCUGUCCUCAGGUGAAGAUCAAGGUGUUCUGGGAGUAUGCCAAGGCAGUAGGGCCUCUGCUGUCCCUCUUCAUCUGUUUCCUGUAUGGCUGCCAGAGUGCUGCCGCCAUUGGAGCCAAUGUCUGGCUGAGCCAGUGGACCAAUGACGCAGCUCAGAACGUGACCCAGGAGAAUGUCAGUAUGAGGGUGGGGGUGUAUGCUGCUUUGGGCAUGGCACAAGGUGAGGAGACCUGCUGUUCAUUACCUUAGGAUAAGGAUACCUAUCCACCUUAAGAUGACUGAAAGUACCUUUACAGUUCAAUAUUCAAUAAUACAAUUUGUCUGUGGUGUUUGGGUCAUUUGUGCCAAAGAGAGGUUUUGUUGUUGUAGGUUUUGCUGUGUAUAUGAACAUUGUAUGUUUUACUUUAUUACUGUAUGAAGCUAACUAUGAGUGGUUGGUUUUGUGUGAGGACCUUGGCCUCAACACCUCAGGUCCUUUUCAGUAACACUGGGAGCUUGAUUUGAAUUGUAUUGAAAAGGGUCUCAACAUUCAGGAGAGGGGACACAUAUAGAACCCACUGUCUCCUCAACCCUCAUCUCCCCGCUCCCUCCCUCUCUUCCUCCUCCCUCCAUUUCAGGGCUACUGGUCAUGGUCUCCUCCUACACCCUGGCCAUGGGGAACAUCGGAGCAGCCAGGAAGCUCCACUAUGCCCUCCUAGACAACAAGUUUCACACCCCCCAGUCUUUCUUUGACACCACCCCCAUAGGCAGGGUCAUCAACCGCUUCUCUAAGGACAUCUACGUCAUCGACGAGGCACUGCCCUCUACCGUUCUCAUGUUCCUCGGGACGUUCUUCUCCUCUCUCUCCACCAUGAUAGUCAUAGUGGCCAGCACCCCCAUCUUCGCUGUGGUCAUAGCCCCGCUGGCUUUCAUAUACGUCUUUGUCCAGGUAUUGGUUCUGUUCUGAAGAGCUAAUGGUUGGUUGCUCUACUCUCUAGGGCAGGAGUUUAUGGUGUCAAGUAAUACCUUUCAUUUCAAUUUGUGCCAAAGUGGGUUGCUUAUGCUCCUGAAUGCAGCAUGCAGCACCCUGAUUGUUGGAGCAGUUUCUGUGACCUUUGGCUUUCUGUUUCUCUGCAGCUUUUUGUGUUCCUGUUAUCCGUUGAGCAUUUGCUCUCCUCCUCCUCCCUGUCUCCUCUCCUCUCCCCUAACCAUGCAUUAACUUCCUCUCUCUCCCUCUCAGCGGCCCUAUAGCACUUCCUGCCCUGCCCCCCCCAACCCCCCCCUCCACACACACACACACACACACACAGCAGGGUUGGUUCACCCACAGCCGGUGCUGUGUACACACAGUAGUGAAGGAGGCUUCAGUUCAGCUGAGCUGAGUUGUGUUUGUUGACUCUGGCCCUCUGAGGCGGUCAAGCUGAGAGCUCAGAACACUACUGUGUGUUCUUUACAACCCAACAUCCUUCUCAGGGACACACUGGAGAAUGUAGUGUAGCUGGAGAACAUUGAUUUAGACUAGAGUGGCGUAGGAUGUUGCCCCCAGACCUGAUCUAAAGGCGAGGGUUUUAGAUUUGUGCUUACAGGAAACAUGAGAACUCUGGUGUGCUGCUGCCCUCUAGCAGUGAAUGAAUGGAAAGGCAAGUAGGAUGAUGCUACAGUUAUCCAGCCGCACAUUAGAGAGUUUGAGGUUCUUUUGUUUCUUGUCCAACUCUACAGGGUAUUGGUAUUCAGGGUUUCCAUGCAGUGCCUUUAGCGUUUGACCCAGGAUGUGAAUAUUAGGGUCAUUUUGUGCCAAAGGCUUCUAUACCAGUGGGCGGGAGGGAGGGAGGGAGGGAGGGAGGGAGGGAGGGAGGGAGGGAGAGAGAGAGAGAGAUAGAGAUCCAUUUAACAGUAGUGUGGUUGUCACCUGUGCCCCUCCCCCUCUCCCAGGUGUGCUGUUGCUGGCCAACUGUCUGCUGUCCAAGGCCUACAGCAUGCUGCGGGCAGCCAAACUCAUGCACCUCUACAUGCUCCAGAGGGUGCUGAGGGCACCCCAGGGCUUCUUCGAGAGCACCCCCACGGGGCGCGUCCUAAACCGCUUCAGCAAAGACGUGGAUAUUAUAGACUCGCACAUCCCAGACAAUAUUGAUAUAUGGAUGCGCACUUUCUGGUACACAGUGAAUGUGCUGAUCGUAUGCUCUGCCCUCACCCCUCUGUUCCUUCUAGUCAUAGUGCCGUUAAUGGUGUUCUAUUGGUGGGUCCAGGUAAAUAGGACACAACUCAUUAAUAACUCUAAUACAGCGUGACUGAGAGUGUGUUGUGUGUGUGUGGCUGGUAGAUUGCUGUUGUUGUGUGUGCAGUUUGCUGUGGUAGAUGUGACCAUCAUUCUCAUUGUCUAGUUGUCUUAGUGUUGUAGUGGCAGUGUGGUUUGGUUGGUGGGUAGAUACAGUAGAAGACUAGUGAGUGGAGGUUCAGUCUGUAGGCUAAGGCUCCAAUCUCUAGUUGUUUGGUUUGUGUGGAACGGCUGUUCUACUAAACACCACCCCAAGGUAUAUGGAUCUGGAACCUCAGCAAAUGUCAUUAGAAACACUAUUGUUGAUAUUCUAUUGACUUGGCUUCACUAUGAUAAUUUGAUGCACUGAAUUUUGAAUUUGACUGAAUCAGUGCAGGUAAACAACUGGGGGUAGAUGGUGAGCAGCUGUUCGGUAUCUGUAGUGAAUACUGUAGUGUGUGUGUGUGUGGGGGAAUAGGAAUAGGUAUUAUCGUGUCAUCAUGGUUACAGAAUGUUCAUUCCGCUGUUUAUAACUCAUCCUAAUCAGUUAAACUUCAAAUCAUCCAACAUCCAUUUAGCAUCCAUUUGUUUUGAAUAACGGUUUGGCAAUCAUUUUAUCUACUACUAACACGCUAAGAUGGUUUGGCUCAUUAAGGUUCCUAUGGCUUUGUAAUGUGUUUUCUUUUGUGUGUGUCUGGAGAUUUGAGCCACAAAAUUACGACAUUUGAUAGGAGCCACAAGGCUGCUUCAGAUUGCUGGUUAAUGAUAAUGAUCAAUUGACAUGACUGGUCUUGAUCUGAUUUUGAUCAGUUUGAAAUGCACCAUGUCCUGGCUCCAAGCAAUCACCUCCUUUCACCCUUCCGAUCAGAUUGAUUGAAAAGAUCUAAAGAGAUGACAUGAUCCUGACUAGAAAAUUGUGUAGUUUGUAGUAUCUGGGUUUGGAUGUUUCGCUGAGGGCUAUUGGGGCUUGUGCUUGGUUUUGUGCUUGGCAAUUUCCUUUAACGAUUGUACAGUACCUAGCAGUUUCCUGAAGUUGGAAAACUGAUAUAUUUCUAGAGCCCGAUUGAUAUAUCAGUUCAACAAUAUUAUCGGCCGAUAUUGGCCUUUUACCGCUAUAUUGGUAUCAGAUGAUAAUUCAAACAUUAACCGAUAUUCAGUAAAUAGGAUAAAAUAAUGGGAAUCUCAUGCUUUUCUGAACACUUGCGGCCAUUCUCAGAAUGAGAAUAUUUGUAUACAUUCUUGUCACGAUAUAUGAAAUCAACAUUUGAAGCAUAGUUAUUGGACAAUGGCUCUUUUGGAUCGCUGUAAAACAGUAUAUCGGCAGAUACAGUGGGGAGAACAAGUAUUUGAUACACUGCCGAUUUUGCAGGUUUUCCUACUUACAAAGCAUGUAGAGGUCUGUAAUUUUUUUAUCAUAGGUACACUUCAACUGUGAGAGACAGAAUCUAAAACAAAAAUCCAGAAAAUGUCCUGUCCCCUUUGCAGAAAAGAAGAAUGAAAGAAUGAUGUUUCCACCUCCAUGCUUCACGGUUGGGAUGGUGUUCUUGGGGUUGUACUCAUCCCUCUUCUUCCUCCAAACACGGCGAGUGGAGUUUAGACCAAAAAGCUCAAUUUUUGUCUCAUCAGACCACAUGACCUUCUCCCAUUCCUCCUCUGGAUCAUCCAGAUGGUCAUUGGCAAACUUCAGACGGGCCUGGACAUGCGCUGGCUUGAGAAGGGGGACCUUGCGUGCACUGCAGGAUUUUAAUCCAUGAUGGCGUAGUGUGUUACUAAUGGUUUUCUUUGAGACUGUGGUCCCAGCUCUCUUCAGGUCAUUGACCAGGUCCUGCCGUGUAGUUCUGGGCUGCUCCCUCACCUUCCUCAUGAUCAUUGAUGCCCCACGAGGUGAGAUCUUGCAUGGAGCCCCAGACCGAGGGUGAUUGACCGUCAUCUUGAGCCUCUUCCAUUUUCUAAUAAUUGCGCCAACAGUUGUUGCCUUCUCACCAAGCUGCUUGCCUAUUGUCCUGUAGCCCAUCCCAGCCUUGUGCAGGUCUACAAUUUGAUCCCUGAUGUCCUUACACAGCUCUCUGGUCUUGGCCAUUGUGGAGAGGUUGGAGUCUGUUUGAUUGAGUGUGUGGACAGGUGUCUUUUAUACAGGUAACGAGUUCAAACAGGUGGAGUUAAUACAGGUAAUGAGUGGAGAACAGGAGGGCUUCUUAAAGAAAAACUAACAGGUCUGUGAGAGCUGGAAUUCUUACUGGUUGGUAGGUGCUCAAAUACUUAUGUCAUGCAAUAAAAUGCAAAUUAAUUACUUAAAAAUCAUACAAUGUGAUUUUCUGGAUUUUUGUUUUAGAUUCCGUCUCUCACAGUUGAAGUGUACCUAUGAUAAAAUGUACAGACCUCUACAUGCUUUGUAAGUAGGAAAACCUGCUAAAUCGGCAGUGUAUCAAAUACUUGUUCUCCCCACUGUAUAUGUACAUAGCUACGUACUGAUACUCCCUUUAUAUAGCCAUGUUAUUUUGACUCAUUAUUGUUAUUAGUUUUUCACUGUGUAUUAUAUUCUCGUGUCACUAUUUAUUAUAUAUAUACACACUACCAGUCAAAAGUUUGGACACACCUACUCAUUCAAGGGUUUUUCUUUAUUUGUACUAUUUUUUACAUUGUAGAAUAAUAGCGAAGACAUCAAAACUAUGAAAUAACACAUGUAGUAACCAAAAAAGUGUUAAACAAAUCAAAAUAUAUUUUAUAUUUGAGAUUCUUGAAAUAGCUACCCUUUGCCUUGAUGACAGCUUUGCACACUCUUGGCAUUCUCUCAACCAGCUUCAUGAAGUAGUCACCUGGAAUGCAUUUCAAUUAACAGGUGUGCCUUCUUAAAAGUUAAUUUGUGGAAUUUCUUUCCUUAAUGCGUUUGAGCCAAUCAGUUUUGUUGUGACAAGGUAGGGGGGGGUAUACAGAAGAUAGCCCUAUUUGGUAAAACACCAAGUCCAUAUUAUGUCAAGAACAGCUCAAAUAAGCAAAGAGAAAUGGCAGUCCAUUAUUACUUUAAGACAUGAUGGUCAGUCAAUACAGAACAUUUCAAGAACUUUGAAAGUUUCUUCAAAUGCAGUCGCAAAAACCAUCAAGCGCAAUGAUGAAACUGGCUCUCAUGAGGACCGCCACAGGAAUCUCCUGAGUGGCGCAGUGGUCUAAGGCGCCGCAUCGCAGUGCUAACUGUGCCACUAGAGAUCCUGGUUCGAAUCCAGGCUCUGUCGCAGCCGGCCGCGACCGGGAGACUCAUGGGCGACGCACAAUUGGCCCAGCGUCGUCCAGGGUAGGGGAGGGAAUGGCCGGCAGGGAUGUAGCUCAGUUGAUAGAGCAUGGCGUUUGCAACGCCAGGGUUGUGGGUUCGAUUCCCAUGGGGGGCCAGUAUUACAAAAAAAAUACAAAAAUAUGUAUUCACUAACUGUAAGUCGCUCUGGAUAAGAGCGUCUGCUAAAUGACUAAAAUGUAAAUGUAAUGUAAAAUGGAAUGGAAGACCCAGAGUUACCUCUGCUGCAGAGGAUAAGUUCAUUAGAGUUACCAGCCUCAGAAAUUGCAGCCCAAAUAAAUGCUUCACAGAGUUCAAGUCACAGACACAUCUCAAUAUCAACUGUUCAGAGGAGACAGUGUGAAUCAGGCCUUCAUGGUCGAAUUGCUACAAAGAAACCACUACUAAAGGACACCAAUAUGAAGAAGAGACUUGCUUGGGCCAAGAAACACGAGCAAUGGACAUUUGUCCUUUGGUCUGGAGUCCAAAUUGGAGAUUGUUUAUUCCAACCGCCGUGUCUUUGUGAGACGUGGUGUGGGUGAACAGAUGCUCUCCGUAUGUGUAGUUCCCACCGUAAAGCAUGGAGGAGGAGGUGUUAUGGUGUGGGGGUGCUUUGCUGGUGACACUGUCUGUGAUAUAUAUUUUUUUGAAUUCAAGGCACACUUAACCAGCAUGGCUACCACAGCGUUCUACAGCGAUACGCCAUCCCAUCUGGUUUGGGCUUAGUGGGACUAUCAUUUGAUUUUCAACAGGACAAUGAACCAACACACCUCCAGGCUGUGUAAGGGCUAUUUGACCAAGAAGGAGAAUGAUGGAGUGCUGCAUCAGGUGACCUGGCCUCCACAAUCCCCCGACCUCAACCCAAUUGAGAUGGUUUGGGAUGAGUCGGACCGCAGAGUGAAGGAAAAGCAGCCAUCAAGUGCUCAGCAUAUGUGGGAACUCCUUCAAGACUGUUGGAAAAGCAUUCUAGGUGAAGCUGGUUAAGAGAAUGCCAAGAGUGUGUAAAGCUGUCAUCAAGGCAAAGGGUGGCUAUUUGAAGAAUCUCAAAUAUAAAAUAUAUUUUGAUUUGUUGAACACUUUCUUGGUUACUACAUGAUUCCAUGUGUUAUUUCAUAGUUUUGAUGUCUUCAAUAGUAUUCUACAAUGUAGAAAAUAGUAAAAAAUGAAGAAAGAAAAACCCUGGCAUGAGUAGGUGUGUCCAAACUUUUGACUGGUACUGUAUAUUUUUUAUCUUUAUCUUUAACUCUGCAUUGUUGGAAAAGGACCCGUAAGUAAGCAUUUCACUGUUAGUCUACACCUGUUGUUUGCGAAGCAUGUGACAAAUACAAUUUGAUUUGUGUGUGCAGGGUUUUUUCUGGAUCGAAAAGGGGCUUAGGUGGUGGGCAUGGCAAGGUGCGCGGUCGGCCCACAGGUGCGGCUGAAUUUUAGAGAACAUUUUAGAGGUCCCCAUCUUGGCAGUGUAGAGACAUUUUUGCAUUUUUAAGCCAAUUUCCUGCAAUUGUACACAUUAUGCCAUACAGCUGAGAGAAAAUGUUGCAGUUUUAAAGCUAAUUUUCCGCAAUUCUUUGCAUUUAGCCAUGGCUAAUUGCUGUGUUCUAGAUAUACUACUAAAUUCAUUGUUUUGGAAUUGACAAUUGUUAGUUCUCAAAGAUUAUAUAAUAAAAAAAUAUAUAGGUCCAUUUCUACAUACCUUUAAUCUGGUUUUUGUCAUUUAAGUUUACACUGAAAGCAUUUUUCCAUCCCAAAAAUGAAUUUCACUGUUUGGAUUUAGGUGACCUGAAAAAACACUGCCCAAGGAUUUCAAUGGCAGAAAAAUCCCAGUGUGUGUGUGUUAGUCUACUUCAUGGCAGGCUGUAGCCAUUGCCAUUGCCAAUGCCAACUCCCUGGAGCUUAUCAGCGUAUCUUGGCUAUAGAAACUUAAUCCACUGUAUAUUGUUAAGUUUUGUCCCCUAAUAAAUCGGAAUUGGUAUCGGACCAAGAAAAACAUAUUGGUCGGGCUCUAUAUAUUUCUGCCGGUGAUACAUUUGAAACUGUAGUUCUUUAGGGUGAAUAUAAGCGGGUUUCUGUGUGUUCACAUGUGCUUCUGUGAGAUGCCUGCUAACUGGAACUUCAAUGCUGUAAACUGGGUUGCCAUCAUCUAACAUCUGCAUAUAUUCCUUCUCCUUUUUGAUUUUUAUCUGCAUGGUCUUUUAUUUACCUUCUCCAUGUGUCAUUGAAAAGGGGAAUUUCUUACUCACUGGGACUUUAAUUAUUCUACAUGUAUGAGUUUUACCUUAAUAAUGUUUUACAGUGUUAACAUUUAAAAGCCAAACCAUACACUACAAUAUUAUGAUGGCAUUUGAGCACUAAUGGAAAUUGAAGUGUUGAUUUUUAAAUUUUAAUCAAAUGUGUUUAGUACUGGAUGAUUUAUAAAUUGAUUUGAUAAUCAAAUUAAAUAUACCUUAUUUCGUAGAAUGCUUUUUGGGCCAGGUGGAAAGAGCAUCCGCAGAGUUCAAGAAAUGGCAUUAUGAUAAUUCAUGUAAACGGUAGCUAAAUAUGAAUAUUAAAUAUGAUAUCUAUCACUAUCAAAUGAAUCUAUUACUCUAUUAAUCUAUCAAAGGAACUCUGCAGAUGUUUUGUGAACCCUGACCUUACUAUAGUGUUACUGCAGUGUGCGCUUCCUAGUUGCUCACUGUUACAGCUUGUAUCCCAGUGUUCAGUUACUAUAUAAUGCUGUGUUUGUCUCUCUUCCCCACGGCUGUAGAGAUUUUAUGUGGCCACGUCUCGGCAGUUAAAGCGUCUGGAGUCGGUCAGCAGGUCUCCUAUAUACUCCCAUUUCUCUGAGACCGUCACUGGCUCUAGUGUUAUCAGAGCCUAUGGCAGACACAAUGCCUUUGUACUAAUGAGUGAUAUGAAGGUGGAUGAGAACCAAAAGAGUUACUACCCUGGUAUAGUGUCCAACAGGUAGGUGGUGUCUAUCUGUUACUGUACUUUCACUAUGGACUCUGGAAGACAGUGGCUGUGUUCCAAUUGACUUUGGGGCGGCAGGUUGCCUAGCCUUAAGAGCAUUGGGUCAGUAACCGAAAGGUCGCUGGUUCGAAUCCCCGAGCCGACUAGGUGGAAAAUAUGCCGAUGUGCCCUUGAGCGUCUGCUAAAUAACUCCAAUGUAAAAGUCUUCAUUUGCUUCCUUUCCUCGCUCCCUUUUUUGGCUACUGCUGAUCUGAAGGUUCUGGGUAAUGAUCCCAAGGGCCCUAGGAUUCUCUUUUCAAAAUGACGGAUUCAUUCAGUGUACGGUAUUUGUCUGUCCAUUGGAUUUUGAGGAUUGGAACAUAGCCACUGACUGGUGCUCAUGUUGAAAGCAUGCUCAACAGGCACAAUUACACAUUCCAUCGCAAAGUACAUAAGACAUGAGUGUCCCACUUUACAAUAAGUGCUCAAAAUACUGUAUCUAAUCUAUGUAUUUGCAUGGUAAUGUACACUGAACAAAAAUAUAAACACAACAUGCAACAAUUUCAACGAUUUUACUGAGUUACAGUUCAUAGAAGGAAAUCAGUCAAUUGAAAUAAAUUCAUUAGGCCCUAAUCUAUGGAUUUCACUUGACUGGGCAGGGGCGCAGCCAUGGGUGGGCCUGGGAGGGCAUAGGCCCAUCCACUGGGGAGCCAGGCCCAGCCAAUCAGAAUGAGUUUUUUCCCCACAAAAGGGCUUUAUUACAGAGAUAAAUACUCCUCAGUUUCAUCAGCUGUCCGUGUGGCUGGUCUCAGAUGAUCCCGCAGGUGAAGAAGCCGGAUGUGGAGGUCCUGGACUGGUGUGGUUACACGUGGUCUGUUGUUGUGAGGCCGGUUGGACAUACUGCCAAAUUCUCUAAAACGAUGUUGGAGGCGGUUUAUGGUAGAGACAUUAACAUUCAAUUCUCUGGCAACAGCUGUAGUGGACAUUCCUGCAGUCAGCAUGCCAAUUGUACGCUCCCUCAACUUGAGACAUCUGUGGCAUUGUGUUGUGUGACAAAACUGCACAUUUUAGAGUGGCCUUUUAUUGUCCCCAGCACAAGGUACACCUGUGUAAUGCUCAUGCUGUUUAAUCAGCUUCUUGAUAUGCCAGGUGGAUGGAUUAUCUUGGCAAAUGAGAAAUUCUAACUAACAGGGAUGUAAACAAUUUGAGAGAAAUAAGCUUUUUGUGCCUAUGGAAUAUUUUGGGGAUCUUUUAUUUCAGCUCAUAAAACAUGGGACCAACACUUUACAUGUUACGUUUUAUAUUUUUGUUCAGUGUAGUUACAUAGGCAGGUUCAGUGUAACUACUGUGUAGAAACACACUGUGCGUCAGCGCUGCUCAAACUGUGUGUUGUGUUCACGAUGUGUGUGUCUGUGUCUGUGUGUGUGUAGGUGGUUAGGGGUGCGUAUAGAGUUCAUUGGGAACUGCAUCGUGCUGUUUGCUGCUCUGUUUGCUGUGAUCGGGAAGGACAAGCUCAACCCUGGACUGGUGGGACUCUCUGUGUCCUACGCUCUACUGGUACAGUACAACAUGUCCCCUAUCAACAUCUACUGUCCGUUUAACUGUCUGUUGCAAAUGUUGUCCAUUGCCUGCCACUGUUAUUCAGUAGUGCUAGUGUAAAGGACGUCACACUGCUUGCUUGGCGAGUACUGCUUCUUCCUGAUUCAGCUCAUACCGAGGCUCGAACCCAGGACCUCUGCCUUGCAAACACACGUGACCGCCUUCCUGAAACGUCUUACCCAGUCGCCCCACCAAAAAGUUAGCUAUUCAGCAACGCAAGUGGGGACACUUCAGGCUGAGGUGUGAGUUUCAAAGAUCCCCUUCUGCUACACUAGGUUAAGUUAUUCGGCAGCGCAAGUGGGGACACUUCAGGCUGAUAGCUUAAUGACAUGCAUGUGUUUUCUCCCAUAACCAUCACUCAUGCUACUGUGUUGUCCUUGUAACAGGUGACCAUGUCUCUGAACUGGAUGGUGAGGAUGACGUCAGAUCUGGAGAGCAACAUUGUAGCCGUGGAGAGAGUCAUGGAGUACUCUGAGACCAAGACUGAGGUACAAAGAAAUACAUACACACAAUGCUUACUAGGAUAGUACAUUACAUAUGGAAAUGAACCAGGUCUAAUCGCUCAAAAGUACAAGAGAAAGCGACAGUGGAAAUAUUGUUGUUGCCCGCUGUUUGUUACUUACUGACCACCUGAGUUCUGUAAAUGUUUUUAGUUUUUUUUAUAAAUUGGCAUUCGAAGUGUGUUUUUAUUUGCUCUUAAUAGAGAAACAUUGUUCAUGCUGUUUGCCAGGAAAAUAAUCCAUAAAAAAUCAUCUGGAAUUUACACACAUUCUUUGGGCUGUUUGGCUGCCAAGUCAAACUCACAAUCAUAACCAUAAAAGACUAAUAAAAGUAUAACUAGAUCUAUGUGCCAUGUAGGGCCUACCUUUGAUGUUGGGCGGCUGGGCACUAGUAUGCUAUACAUUUCAGACCACUUUGUUUAUUACCCCCAACAAGUAUGCCACCCUCUUUACUGAUCAUGUGAUUGAGUUUAUAGUGUGCAUGCGUGUUUGUUUCUGAAAUAUGGCUGUCCUCAACUUCUGCAAAUGUGGACCGAAUUGCAAAUGUGUAUAAAGCGUAUUGUGUAUAAUUUUGUAUGUGUAUGUUGCUAGGCUCCAUGGGAGGUGGAGGACAAGAAGCCUUCGUCUGAUUGGCCGUCCCAGGGGAACGUAGAGUUCAGUGACUACAGCGUGAGGUACAGAGAAGGACUGGAGCUG